UUGCAGAAUUUUCUCAUGUAAAAGAUCAUUCUUGAACCAUGGAGGUGCUGCAGUGUGAUGGCUGUGAUUUUCGAGCUCCAUCUUAUGAAGACCUAAAAGCUCACAUCCAGGAUGUUCACACUGCUUUCCUGCAGCCAACUGAUGUCUCUGAGGAAAGUCCUAGCCAGCCAAGGUCUGGUUCCAUGAAUGCUAGCAACCAGACUGAAGUUGAAUUUUCUUCUGUAAAGGAUGAAUUUACAAUUGCAGAUGAAUUAGCAGGGCAAAAUGCAACAAGUCAGAUGGGAACUGGAAGUUACUAUAGCCAGAGCCAGACUUUCUAUGGUCAGCAUAUGGCUCCAAAUCCUAAACCAACCAACAAAUUUUUCCAGUGCAAGUUCUGUGUGCGUUACUUCCGUUCCAAAAACCUCCUUAUAGAGCACACACGCAAGGUUCAUGGAGCACAGGCUGGGGGGAGCUCAGUGGGGCCACCAUCCGCUAGUUCCUUAAAUUACAACAUCAUGAUGCAUGAAGGGUUUGGCAAAGUUUUCAGUUGCCAGUUCUGCACCUACAAGUCACCCAGGCGUGCAAGGAUUAUUAAGCACCAGAAAAUGUAUCACAAAAACAACCUGAAAGAGAGUUCAACUCCCCCUGCAGCUUCCACUGCUAUAUCUGAAUCGACAUCUGCUUCUGUGCCAGUGCAGGAACCCUGCAAGGAGCUGCCUGCAGAGGUGGUGGAGCGGAGCAUUUUGGAGUCCAUGGUCAAGCCCCUGACAAAGUCUAGGGGCAACUUUUGCUGUGAAUGGUGCAGCUACCAGACACCUCGAAGGGAGCGCUGGUGUGACCACAUGAUGAAGAAGCACCGCAGCAUGGUGAAAAUAUUGUCAAGCCUGAGGCAGCAACAAGAAGGAACCAGUGCACCUGAUGUACAGAACAAGAGUGCCCAGAACGCCUCCCCAAACUCUAAUUAUAUUUCCAUGAACACAACGGGACGUGAGAUGUCUAAUGCUAAUGUCUCAAACUUCAGGAGCUCUAUGGGCAAUUCCCUUAUCAGGCCCAACUCUUCUACAUCUUCUAAGUUUUCUUCUGUGUCUUACCCUCAAAUGAAGCCUAAGUCACCUCACAACUCAAGCAUAGUUAAUUUGUCUGACAGAUCCCGCUAUGGAAUUGCUGAUAUGACAAAUUCUUCUGCUGACCUGGAAACAAACAGUAUGCUAAAUGACUCCAGCUCAGAUGAAGAGCUAAAUGAAAUGGACAGCGAGAAUGGCUUGAACUCCAUGGAUCACCAGACCACAGGAAUGUCCGCAGAGCAGCUGAUGGGAUCCGAUGGCAACAAACUAUUGGAGACAAAGGGAAUUCCCUUUAGAAGGUAUAUGAACAGGUUCCAAUGCCCUUUUUGCCCUUUCCUGACGAUGCACCGCCGAAGCAUUUCCCGUCACAUUGAGAACAUCCACCUGUCUGGGAAGACGGCUGUAUACAAGUGUGAUGAAUGCCCUUUUACUUGUAAGAGUUCAUUAAAACUUGGUGCCCACAAGCAAUGCCAUACAGGUACAACAUCAGACUGGGACACUGUGAAUUCUCAGGCUGAAAGCAUUGCCUCUUCUUUGAACGACAGCACAGUGUCAUAUGAGAGUGGAAACAUAAAUGGUAGAAAGUCUGCUGGGAUGAUGGAACCAGUGCAGCAGCAGCAACAGCAACAACAGCAAUCACCCCAGCCCCACUCACAGCAUCCAUACAAGUGCACAAUGUGCAACUAUUCCACCACAACUUUAAAAGGCCUCAGAGUUCAUCAGCAGCACAAGCACUCAUUCUGUGACAACUUGCCAAAAUACGAUGGACCACCAUCCAACGCACCACAAGAGAGUGAGGCAGAUGCUCACACUUCUGCCAGCACAGUGAAAAAGAGCCAAACCUCAAUCCUUGGGCUCUCAUCUAAAAACAAUUUUGUUGCAAAGGCCCCUCGGAAGGUGUCAAACGAUUUCCCUUUAGAUCUUUCGCCAGUGAAAAAGAGAACUAGAAUUGAUGAAAUAGCGAGUAAUCUGCAGAGCAAAAUCAGCCAAAACAAACAGCAAGAAGAUGCUGUGAUUAAUGUAGAGGAUGAUGAGGAAGAGGAGGAAGAUAAUGAGGUGGAGAUAGAAGUGGAGUUAGACAGAGAAGAAGAGCAAACAGAACCAAUGAUAGAAGUUUCCAGUUCUUAUGCUCCACAGCAAAUGUGGGGAAGAGAGGCUAAUGAUUCCCAGAAGGAGACAAACUUCAGAAGCUUGCAGCACGAUUACAAUUCUGCUAAUGGAGCAGAGAUUGAGCUCACUCUAUCAGAAGAUGAGGAAGAUUAUUAUUCUUCUGUCAGCAUGAAGGAACAUCAGAGCCCUAAUGCCUCUGUUCUGGGGGGCCAGUCAAACAUGUAUGGUACUGAUCAGAACAACGAGAAUGCAGAGUUCAAUGACUCUGGCAGGCUUUACUAUUGUAAACACUGUGAUUUCAGCAACAAAUCUGCCCGGAGUGUUAGCACCCACUACCAGCGAAUGCAUCCCUAUAUUAAAUUCAGCUUUAGGUAUAUUUUGGAUCCCAAUGAUCAUAGUGCAGUAUACCGAUGUCUUGAGUGCUAUAUUGACUACACAAAUUUUGAAGACUUGCAGCAGCAUUAUGGAGAGCAUCACCCUGAAGCUAUGAAUGUACUGAACUUUGAUCAUUCUGAUUUGAUCUAUCGCUGCCGCUUCUGCUCUUACACAAGCCCAAAUGUUAGAAGCCUGAUGCCACAUUACCAAAGAAUGCAUCCCACAGUGAAAAUUAACAAUGCAAUGAUAUUUUCAAGUUAUGUUGUUGAGCAGCAAGAAGGACUAAACACAGAGUCUCAAACACUAAGAGAGAUCUUGAAUUCUGCUCCAAAAACUAUGGCAACUUCUACCCCUGUGGCUCGUGGGGCUGGUGUGCCAACUGGCUUUAACAAAAGUGCUGCCAAGAGUUUUAGCCCUGAAUGUGAAAAUCAGAAGGAACCUUCAGUCAAUAGUGUGGUCGUUUAUGACUGCGAUGUGUGUUCAUUUGCAAGCCCUAAUAUGCAUUCAGUUUUGGUUCAUUACCAGAAAAAGCACCCUGAAGAAAAAGCAUCAUAUUUCAGAAUUCAGAAGACAAUGCGUGUAGUUUCUGUUGAUAGGGGCUCUGCUCUGGCCCAGAUGUCUUUUGAGAUGGGAACACCCGUCUCCCCCAAAUUGUCCAACCUGGCUUCUCCGCCUCCCCCACCACCACCCCCAGACCUUGCUACUGAACUCUACUAUUGCAAACACUGUUCAUACAGCAACCGCUCAGUUGUGGGAGUGCUUGUCCACUACCAGAAAAGGCACCCAGAGAUAAAGGUCACUGCCAAGUAUAUCAGACAGGCACCUCCCACUGCAGCAAUGAUGAGGGCUGGUGAGUUGCCACCUGGUAUACAGAGGCCACCAGUGUCAAUGCAACAGUUGAGCCGCGGUGGUUCUGAACUUCUGUGAAUCCUCCCGAGAAUGAAUGUUUUUC